CGGCGAGCGACGAUGCCGGAGAACGCGGGACCCAAAACCCACGGCGGCGCCGGGAAUCGGGCCAAGGGCACGUACCAGGACCGGGACAAGCCCUCGCAGAUCCGCUUCAGCAACAUCUCCGCCGGCAAAGCUGUCGCUGAUGCUAUCAGAACAAGCCUUGGACCAAAAGGAAUGGAUAAAAUGAUUCAGGAUGCUAAAGGAGACGUGACAAUCACUAACGAUGGUGCUACUAUCCUGAAACAAAUGCAGGUUUUGCACCCUGCAGCCAAAAUGUUGGUAGAGCUGUCAAAAGCACAAGAUAUUGAAGCUGGGGAUGGUACUACAUCUGUUGUUGUCAUUGCCGGAGCUCUUCUGGAUGCCUGUUCCAGACUUCUUCAGAAAGGCAAGCAUAUUUUUAUAUGCUUU